AUGCCACCAAAGAAAGGCAAAGAGCCACCAGCCCCAGCGAAAGCUACAAUGGGACCUCCACCAAAACCAAAGAAACCUCCACCUCCACCUGCUUGCUUUAGUCCUGAAGAUUUAGCUAAAUUUAAAGAAUUGUUCAAGGCUCAUGACGAAGAAAAUAUUGACAAAGUUAAAUUGGAAGCGAUUCCGUUAAUGUUACGAAAACUCGGUUUCAAUCCGAAAGGAGCAGAAAUAAAAGAACUUUUCCGGUUAUUUCUUGAAGACGAUCUUGUCGAUACAGUGGAAUAUCAUGAAUGGUUAUUCAUGAUUGAAGCAAAGAUGAAUUGGGGUGAUGACUUUGAAUUAGCAGUAACUAAAGCUUUUGUUGUAUUAGGUCAUGACGAUGAUGAAACUGGUCAUGUUGAUUUGGAACUUUUACGUGAAGAGCUCAUGACUUGGGGAGAACCAUUAUUAGAGGUAGAAUUUGUCGAUUGGCUUCGACUAGCCAUUAAGGAUAAAACGUAUAAUCCUGAAGACGGAACAUUGGCUUACGUAAAGUUUAUUGAGAAUAUGAACGCCAAAGAUGAAAAAUAUAUUCAAGAGCCAAUUAAUUACUUUAAGUUGGAUCAGAAAACACUGGCUGCGAUGGCAAUAAAGAAGGCUCAAGAGGAACGUGAGGAACAGGAAAAGAAAGAGGCAGAAAAACGAGCUAAAGAUGAAGCAAAGAGACAAAAAAUGAUUGCUGAAGGUUUAAUACCUCCAGAUUAGAAGUGUAGCCGUUAUGUACUUUGGUGUAGGUGUACUUUAAUUUUCAAUGCUAUUGAGAAUAAAGAAAAAGUAGAACGUUCUAAAUCAAAAUAGUAAUUAUUUAAAUAUUGUACCACUUGUAUUAUAUUCUUUUAAUCGCAAUAUUCUUGAAAUAUAUUUAAUUUGUAUUUAAUUAAAUUUCAUGACAAUUUCUCAACAGAUGAAAUAGACAAAUUGUUAAGGACUGUAAUACCUUUGAUGUUCCUUUCAUUAAAAUCUCUUAGUGGUAAUAUUAUAUAAUAAAACAGCCGGAAUGGCUGAAUAAAGUAAAUAAUAUAUACA